CAUUUAAAUAAUAUAACCCCUCACUGUAUUUUUCUCGAACAUUUCAGACCCUCGUGCAAACUAUUUUUCCGAUCGGACCCGCUGAAGAUCGUGCGCGCAGCUGGGUGUUACAUGUACGAUGAGAAAGGAUGCAGGUAUUUGGACUGCAUCAACAAUGUCUGUCAUGUUGGCCAUUGUCAUCCACAAGUGGUAUCUGCCGCAGUUGAGCAGAUGAGUGUCCUGAACACAAAUAGUCGAUUCCUUCAUGAUAAUUUGGUUCUCUACGCGGAAAGAUUGACGUCUCUUUUCCCCGAAAAGCUAAAUGUUUGCUUCUUCGUCAAUUCUGGAAGUGAGGCCAACGACCUUGCAAUACGACUGGCAAGAACACACACAGGAAAGAAGGAUGUGAUAACCCUAGAUCAUGCAUACCAUGGGCAUGUCACAUCCCUUAUUGACAUUUCUCCAUACAAAUUCAACCAUCCUGGGGGAGAAGGCCAGCGUGACUGGGUCCAUGUUGCUCCAGUUCCUGAUGUGUAUCGAGGAAAGUACACAGACAAAGACUUCACAGUAGAAGAGUGUACAAAAAAGUAUGCAGAUGAAGUGAAACAGCUGUGUGACAAGGCUACCAAACUCCACGGUGGAGUAAGCAUCUUUUUCGCAGAAUCUAUGCAGAGCUGUGGUGGACAGAUUGUUUAUCCACCUGGUUACCUGCGUCAGGUUUACAGCCAUGUGAGAGCAGCAGGUGGUGUGUGUUUGGCAGAUGAGGUCCAGGUUGGGUUUGGAAGAGUUGGUUCUCACAUGUGGGCCUUCCAGACACAGGGAGAUGACAUAGUUCCAGACAUUGUAACCCUUGGAAAGCCUAUGGGGAAUGGCCAUCUGUGUCAGCUGGAAAUUGCUGAAAGCUUUGGAGCUACAGGAAUGGCAAUACUUCACACACGUUCCGGUGGCAAUCCUGUGUCCGCCGCUAUUGCAAAUGCUGUUCUCGAUGCCAUUGAGAAAGAAAAUCUAUUGGAUAAUGCUACAAAAAUUGGAAACUUCCUAAAGCAUAGAAUUUAACCGGCUUAAAGAAAACAUGCCAUUAUUGGUGAUGUACGAGGCGAAGGAAUGUUCUUGGGGGUGGAUUUGGUAAAAAACAGAGAGACACGGGAACCUGCCACUGCUGAGGCUGCUUUCAUUAACAAAAGAUUAAAGGAGCAAUACGUGCUGCUGAGCAAUGAUGGCCCUUACAGAAAUGUUCUGAAGUUCAAAAGCCCAAUGGUCUUUGGAAUGGAAGAUGCUAAAGAGCUUGUUGAAAAACUGGAUGCCAUCAUGACAGAGAUGGAAGCAGCAGAGAACAUAGUAACAAAUGGCAUGGAGAAACUGAUGGUGAAUGGUAACCAUGACCCCAGGCAGCAGCAGCAGCUCACAAAUGGCCAUGCAAAUAAUAAUAUUGAUGCACCCAGUGAAAUUCAAGUUAAAGGUAUGUUCUCAAAAGUCCUCAAAAACUAAG